AAGAAUUAAAGAGGCAGCCCCAAAGCAGGAGAGGAUUUACUUCGGCAGAGCUGCUCAGUGUGUCACAGCCCACCAAGAGAGAAGAGCAGUAGGAGCAAAGGAUUGGACUGGCUGCAGGAGCCUGGCACAAGGGAUAAAAAUGACUCUCAACAACGUUACCAUGCGUCGCACCCACAACAGCAGUCUGCACCAGCAGCAGCAGCGAUGGAGCAUCCCUGCUGAUGGGAAGAAUCUGCUGGUCCAGAAAGACUCCAACGAGUACAACCCACAGAAACGAUACACCAUCAGCCCUGAUGAAUAUUACAGAAGGAGCUGGUCCUCGGAGUCAUCCGACUCCGUCAUCUCCUCUGAGUCUGGCAGCAGCUGCUACCGGGUGGUGCUGAUUGGGGAGCAUGGCGUGGGGAAAUCCUCGCUAGCCAACAUCUUUGCAGGGGUGCAUGACAGCAUUGACAGUGACUGUGAGGUGCUGGGAGAAGACACAUAUGAAAGAGCUCUGAUGGUGGAUGGGGAAAGUGCGACUGUUAUACUGCUCGACAUGUGGGAUAAUAAGCGUGAGGGAGAAUGGAUUCGAGACCACUGCAUGCAAGUGGGAGACGCCUACUUGAUCGUCUACUCCAUCACAGACCGAGCAAGCUUUGAGAAGGCCUCUGAACUCAGAAUACAGCUCCGCAGGGCACGCCAGAAAGAAGAUAUCCCCAUUAUUUUGGUUGGCAACAAAAGUGACCUUGUCAGGUGCCGUGAAGUUUCAGUGGCAGAGGGGCGAGCCUGUGCCGUCGUGUUUGACUGCAAGUUCAUUGAGACCUCAGCAGCCGUGCAGCACAAUGUGAAAGAGCUGUUCGAAGGCAUCGUGCGGCAAGUCCGGCUCCGGAGGGACAGCAAGGAAAAGAAUGAGAAGCGACUGGCCCUACAGAAACGGAGGGAGAGCAUUCCCAAGAAAGCCAGGCGGUUUUGGGGCAAAAUAGUUGCCAAGAACAACAAGAACAUGGCCUUCAAACUCAAGUCCAAGUCUUGCCAUGACCUAUCAGUACUUUAAGACUGCUGGACUCUGCCAGAGCUUGUGGCAUUUUGUGGACAUUAUCUAACUUUGUCAUAGGACAAUCAAUCAAUCUAUAUUAGAUUGGGCUAUCAGUGACUUAGGUUCACAGUUGUGAUUGUGGUGAUAUGUGCUGACAUAAGAACAGCACAGUG